AUACCAAAACCACUCCUAAUUCUUCAAAUCUCCUUUCUCUUUGUCUUGUCAUGUUCUUCUAAGGAAGCACAGAGAAUUCCAUCCCUCAAAACGUAGAUUAGAGAUGGCCAAACUCCAAAACUAUCCUUUUCCUUUCCCUCCAAACCACCCCACCUCUGUCACCACCUCUAUCACCACCGCCACCUCUUCUUGUUCCUCUACUUCUUCUUCUUCUUCUCAAUUCAAUCCUUUCAUAGAUUUUCCCAAGGAAAGCAUCCUUUAUCAACUAUAUCUCCCCCAAUCCCGUCUUCUCAGUACUUCUUCCUCUUCAUCUCAAUCCAAUCCUUUCAAAGAUUUUCCCAAGCAAAUCAUCCUUUGUCCUCUCUCUUUCAAUAUCAGCCAAGCCCACAAACACACAGCUUCCAAUCUACAAACCCUUUUAUCCAUUCUCUGUUCUGUCGCUCUUACAUUCCUCGGUUCCAUUUUGUUCCUAUUUCUUCAUCUCUCCGGUCGAAGCAUAAAAUGGAUUCAGAAAAAGGUGCGAAGAUGGUCCAGAGCCAUGUGAAUCUGACCCUAUCAAAGUACUCGAAGAGGGUACUUCUGAAAUCUAUUUUGGGUCGCAGUGAUAAUGGCUUGGAACUCGUUGGUCAGAAAGUUAUUAUUGGUGGAUGGGUGAAAUCAUCGAAAGAGCAAAUGAAGGAUUCUCCUCCUCCUCCUCCGCCGCCGCCAGAGGCUGCGCCGAAGGAGGGGCCUAAAGAUGUGUCUUGCGUGGAAAUCCUUCAAUCUCGAAUCCCUUUCUUUCGAACAAUAAUUAGGGCUUUCACUGGUCACUGCCCCACACAAGAGAAGGUGGAGACAUGGUCUGCUACUAGUGCCAGACCCAGUUUGACUUCUAUUGCUUAUUUGCAAGUCAAUGAUGGUUCUUGUGUUCUAAAUCUUCAGGUGGUGGUCGAGUCCUCUGUUGCUCCUCUUAAAGAACUAACACCUACAGGAACUUCAAUUUUGGCAGAAGGUGUGUUGAAGAAAUCAUCUGUGCAGGGAAAGCAUGUUGUAGAGCUUAAUGUGGAAAACAUUCUACACACAGGAAUGGUCGAUCAAGAUAAAUAUCCAUUGGCAAUGAAAAGAAUACCUGUUGAUGUUCUAAGGGGUUAUUCCCAUCUUCGUUCUCGCACUAUUACGGUAGCAUCUGUUACUCGAAUCCGAAAUGCGUUGACUUAUGCAACUCACACAUUCUUCCAAAACAAUGACUUUCUUCAUGUUCAUGUCCCUAUUAUCACUACCACCGAUGCUAAAGGUUUUAGUGAGAAGUUCCAGGUUACAUGUCUUUCUGGUAAAGCUGAUAAGGAGUCCAAGGAGACAAAUGAUAUUGUAGCUGUUAACCUUGAAGUUGUUAGAGGUGCUAUUAAGGAAAAAGGUAAUAAAGUUGAUGAGCUAAAAAGAAGUGACAGCAAUAGGGAGGCACUAUUUGCUGCACUUCAGGAUCUCAAGAAGGCAAAUGAGUUAGCCUUGCAGUUGGAAGCACAAGAGAAAUCAAAGCCUAGAACUUUGUCGAGAGUAGUAGAGGUGGACUUCUCUAAAGAUUUCUUUGGCCGCCAAGCAUAUCUAACUGUUUCUGGCCAGCUUCACCUUGAGAGCUAUGCAUGUGCACUUGGUAAUGUGUACACAUUUGGACCAACAUUUCAAGCAGAAAAGACCCAGAAUAUACAGCAUUUGGCAGAGUCAUGGGUAGUUGAGCUCGAAAUGGCUUUUUCUGACUUGGAGGAUGUCAUGAACUGUGCAGUGGACUUCUUGAAGUUCCUCUGUCAAUGGAUUUUAGAACAUUGUUCUGAUGACAUGGGAUUUGUUUGCAAACGAAUCGACGUUACUAGCAGUGAACGUCUUCAAUCAUUGGUGUCAAGCUCAUUCGAAAGGAUCACCUACACAGAAGCAGUGGAGCUUUUGAAAGAUGUUACAGACAAGAAAUUUGAAGCAAAAAUCGAAUGGGGUGUUCCCCUAACUGAGGAACAUGAAAGUUAUUUGGCUGAGGUGGUAUAUAAAAGGCCUAUAAUCAUAUAUAACCACCCAAAAGAAAUCAAGCCAUUUCAUAUGCGCCUCAACGAUGAUGAGAGAACAGUUGCAGCAAUUGAUGUAGUGUUACCAAAGACUGGAACUUUGAUUAGAGGUGGUCAAAGGGAGGAGCGCUUUGAGAUGCUCAGUACAAGGAUGAAGGAGUUGAAUUUGCCAAUGGAGCAGUAUGAGUGGUAUUUAGAUCUCCGGAGGCACGGAACCAUCAAACACUCUGGCUUGAGUCUAGAAUUUGACAGUGUUGUCCUCUGGGCCUGUGGCCUUUAUGACAUAAGAGAUGUUGUCCCUUUCCCCAGAUCUUGUGGCAACUUGAACUUCUAGUCGUUCUCCCAACCGAAACAUGGCUUGCAGAAUGGUAGUAUACAGGUUGAUGAAAUGCAACUUCUAGUGUCUGACUCUUAUACAAUUGUACACACCAUAUAGGUGCAAAAGAAGCUUCCCUUAUUCUCAGAGAGCAUACUUGUUUGGAAGAUUUAGUGGAUCCACAUGUAAUUAUGUACAGAGAAUAAACUUGGUUCAAAUACAAGCAAUGUAUAAUUUGCACAUUUGAUGCUCUUGCAGCUAAAAGCUCAUUUAAAUCUAGAUGUUGAAAUAUAUAAAAUGAUAAAUUACUCAUGUACUGUCAAA